UCCUGCCUUAGACAAGCACUCACAAUGGCAGAAGAGCUGUGGAAAGAAGGGAGAAAGGGAUAGAGAAAUGUAUAAUGUAUUUUUUGGUAAGCUGUUCUGUUUAUGAUGCCCAACUCUACUUGUCUCUUAGCGUACCUGAUCCAAGGCUUCCACUGCAGUGCUGCAAGAUUACCUGCAAACCAAGAACAUGUCGACCCAGAUCAUGAAGAAGAGGCUUAGAGGUACAAAGCCCCCUCAGAGGUUGUUUCUCUGCUCACUGCGGGCCUUGUCCAUGCCUGGUCGCCCAUACCAGGCCCUGCCUAGUGGCUUCCUCGGGGACUAUGAUACCAGCACCCGCUACACCAGCAUGGUGCCUUCCAAGACGUCUUUGUCGUCGGGCUCCCCAGAACAAGAAGGAUUCUUCAACUUGCUGAGCCAUGUACAAGGAGGACGCAUUGAUGAGCAACGUUGCAACAUUCAGAUUGUGCACAGCAGUGGCAAGAAAGACAGCCCCAGCCCACCACCAGAGAUGGACAACUUCAUGGAAAUGUUGGCUAACACACAGAGCCGGCGGAUGGAUGAUCAACGUGUCAGCAUCAACUACCUCCCAGGCUUCCAGAACACUGACCGCAAUGCCAACAACAAACCGGCCUCUGGAAGCACAAAGCAGGAGUAUGCAGCCUUGGCUUUACCAGAAGGUGCUGCUUCAGAUGACCCACUUGUUCCCAUUUCACCCACAGAUGACUACUUUUCUUUCAUCAACCGCAUCCAUGAGAGGCAGCUGGAGGCUGCUCGGGGCAAAGUGAAGAGUCCACUCCUCAAACGUGCUGAGGCCCAUGAUCGUAGCACUUCUUCCUAAAAAAUUUCUACAAACCUAAAUCUGCAAGACCUCUUCUAGAUUUACCAUGCCUUACUUUCACCUCACAUCUUCCCUACCCCAAAGCUAUGAACAAAUUCUACAAAACCCUUUCUAGAUUUUUUUUUUUUGUUAUCUCCUGUGACAUAUUCCAUUCCUUGCAAUUCCUCCUUCCUGGCUUCAUCACAAGUUUUUGUGCCAUGAUCCUCCUCUCAUGAACUAGUGCCCCCCGAUGCAUGCAUUUACCCUUUUCCUCAGACCCAUCAUGCACUGGUAUUUCUUCAUCAGUCAUGUGUCUGACCCACAAAAGAUGCAGCAUUCUCAAAUAUGCUCAUAUACACUAUAGCUUUGUACUGCUAUUCCACUUAAGGACUACUGGGUUUUCCCAGCUUUGUCAAGCUGUUUUUAAAAAAUGGCAAUAAAAGAUGCUUUCUCAGAACUGGGUGUAUAGUGAGUAGUUAUGUAUGUGCCAAGAUCAAGUCCUACAUGAAGGGACCAUGCAAGUACUUUCUUAACUGUCAAUUUUGCCAACUGCAAAAUCUAGUUUUCAGUCCCUGUGUAAGCGGACUGCUAAAAUUAGGUAGUUCUCAAAAAAGGACAGUUAGGCUACAAGCCCAUAUACAUUUAACU